AUGCAAGGUGUGUCUGCUUCAACAUCGUCUUCUAUACCUCAAGCGCCUUCAUCGUCUGGACGGCUCGGUGCGAGCAAUGCUGCACAGCAAUUGAGUUCACAGAGUGUACACCAGCAUGCUUCUCAGCAAGCUCAACCUCCAUCAGUGCAAGCCAAUCACAUGGUAGCACCGAAUUCGGUUCCUAACCUGGCCCAGCCAUCUUCAGCACAGCAGGCUUUAGUGCAGCCUGCUGCUGUUCAACCCCAAGCCGCUCCCACACCUGCAGAUGAGAUAGUGGCCUUACGCACACGAAUUGCCGAGCUUGAGUGUGGCGAAGCUCACGGUGUCCCUUUACCGGCCAGAGCUCCUGCCCCUCAGCAGGCAUUAGUCGCAGACCCGGCAGCUGUCGAACAUAUUCGGGCGAAUUUAGCUGGCACUAAGGAAGAGUCUAAAUAUCUCACCUUACCUGCUCUACAACCCGGGCACAAACAAAGAGAGCUUGCCCAUGCCAAUCAUGAUCACAACUUGACCGGACUCAACAUAGCUGCACUUGCCUUAGCCAAUAAUAAGAUUGCUUCUGCCACUGUUCAAGCUGUCGCUCCCAGUUCACCAUCUAAGCGCUCUGCCCCGAGCGACUUCUCAUCAUCGCCCCAUAAGAAAUCCCAUACCUUUGCGUCGAACCAUUGCUUUCGCUGUGGAGCAAAUGGCCACCUCCCAGCCGACUGCCCUGCAGACACCACCAUCGCCGGUAAACCUGUCGCAGCUCUCACCACCAAUACCUGGACUCCAUCUGCACCUAUGGUGCCAACUGCAGAAAUGUUCACGCUUGCAGCAUCUGCGGAGAUUCAUCACACGGAGCCAGCAAUUGCAAGGCCCGUCAGUGAUCCACGCAGUGUGGUCACCCCUCUAAACCACAUUCGGUUAGAGGAACUUCUUUGUAAAUAUGGUAUCUUCGAUGAUUGGUGUCAUAUAAUCAAUGAGCAAGAAGCUGGAAGAUACUCUAUAGGAUUCAGUCCCACAGACCCAGACCCUGAGGACCCUCUUUUAUCUGCAGGACCAAGUACACCCAGCUUUGAGCCAGUCUCUGUUGGGGUUGCCCAUAAAUAUCUUUCUGCCGUGCGAGCGUGGCAUAUUGCGCAAGGUUGGCCUCCACCGCUGUCAGAUUCUCACUGUGAGAGGAUCAAUUGGUCUUUGCAAGGUCUGGAGAACCUCCAGUCUAGUCGUCGAAAGCCCCUUCGGCCACCUGUAACUAUUGCUAUGCUUACUGCCAUCAAAGCCACCCUCUCCUUAUCAGAACCCUUUGAUGCAUGCAUUUGGGCAAUGGCAUCAUGUGCCUUCUUCGGUAUGAUGCGUUUUGGCAAAGUCUCUGUUGCCUCACGUGCAGCCUUUGAUCCAGCCAAACAUCUCACACGGGCUCACGCAUUCUUUGGCUAUGAUCUUUGA